AUGCCCGGCAGGACGUAUCCUGACCGAGUUCUCAACAUAACUCACUUUCAUCCCCCUCACGCUCCCCCUCACGUCGACAUGUUACCCGACGAUCACUCCGCGACCUCUCCUCGAGUAUCGCAAGAUUUUCCAGCCGUAUACCCCGCCCCAUCGAUACCCCCGCCAUUGCACAUCCAUCACUAUAAUCUGCCGUCCUACAGAGCCAACUACAUUCUUAUCCCUCCCGGCCAUCUUCACCUGUAUCCCGGUUUACAUCCAACUCUAUCAAGUCCGCCAUGGCCCCAUCGUGCUCGUGUACAAUCAGUUGUUCCAGUUCCGCCGCCGCCGCCGCCUCCGAUCUUGCACAAAGUCCGGAUCCUGGAUUGUAUGUCAUGCGGAACCUUUUUCACAAAUAGAGGCAUGAAGGCAGUCCUGCUUCUGCGGCCGAAUGUUCCGCUGUACUCAACUGACGCGCUCCCUAUCAAUUGCUCUGCCGAUUCUGCUGCGCAGGAUACCCCGUCGGCUGGAUCUUCAACGUCUACCCUUCUGCCUUCCUCACAAUCGAUCGCCGCAGAGCACGUGCCCUCUCGGAGCUGCGAGUGUCUCACGCAGACGCUGUGCUGCCACGGCUGCGGGAGCUCUGUUGGGUACAUGAUCGUGAUCCCGUGCCAGCGCUGCACGUCCUCGAUCACCGCGAGCAACCGCGCGACGAACGGGCACCGUUUCGUGUUCUACUCGAGCGAAGUUACCGCUGGCGAGCGGCGCUACAUCACCGGUGAGCGUGGCGUGCUGGUGCAUGGAGUUCCCAGAUCAUAUUAUCGGCCACCGCAAGUGUUUCUCCCGCCCCGCCACUCGCUCGUCAUGGUCCCCCCGUUGUACACGCCUCGCAGCUCGCACACGGAUUACCUCCCUACGCCCCCGCCAGAGGUGGAGCACUCGUUCCGGAGCGAUGCCUCCCCAGAUACAUCAGACGUCCCAGCACCCAUCUCGCCUAGUCCACCAUCCGAUCCGUUCCCCGCUGACGCGGAUACUCGUCCGCCGCACUCCACCCCGCACAGCCCGCUCGUUUCCCCUCCUGCGAGUGCCCCUCCUCCGCCAGCUCCGCAGCCGCAAGCUUUGCGUGCAGGUGAUGUGCUCUUCUGGCAUCACCUCGCGAGGAGUGGGGAGAUCCCGGCGGUCGUCGAUGAUGCGCGCGCUAGAGGGGUCCCUGGCUCUGACGCGCACACUAAGUGGGAAGAUGAUGCACGGGUAGGGGGUGAGCUAUAUGUCGAGACGGGACCUCGCAGAACGACCAAAGGCCUUGUCGCGGGCCGCUGA